AUGAUAUCGGAGACGCCAUCAGUUCAUGUUGAACAAACCUCGAAGGUUGUAAAUCACCAGGAAUGUGAAUUUAAUACAAUGAUAGAAGUAAAUAAUUUACAGAAAAAGCCUGAACAGAUUAAUCAUGAAAAUGACUCUUCAUCACAAGAACAGUCUAAUGAAACAAAAACACAACCAUUAACCUCGAUUCAACAAGAGAAAACAACAAUAAUUUCUGAAAAUGUGAUACAACCAAUGACGCCAUCUGAUACGGGCCCAGUGGAAUUAUUCAAAUACAUUUUUUCAUCGACGCCAAGAAUGCUUUUUGUAUUAUAUUUACUUAUUCUUUUCACUUGGAGUUAUUUACAAAGAUCACCUUUAAUAUUGCUUAGCCUAGGAGUAGCAUUUGGUUAUUUUCUUAGAGCAAACACAGUGACAAACGAAGUAAAAGAAAAAAUUGUGAUGGUGAAAGAAACAAAUAUGUCAAGAAGUUUAAGCUCAGUUGAGUUACUAAAAUCAGCGGAAAAAGUAAAAUCGACAGAUCUUACAAUCACACCAAAAAUUGAUAAGGCUUUAAAUAAAGCAUUUAAAUAUAUUACACGUGAUAUCAUAGAAUUUUAUUAUGAUCCAAUGAAUCCUAACAAGGAUACAGAAUUUUCAAUUCAAGUCCAAAACUCUAUGAAUGUAAUGGCAAUGAAUUUAGCUUUAUGUUUCCAAAACUUAGAUAAAGUAGAAUUAGGUAUAAUGUCGAGUUUCGCAAUCUCAAAUACAUUUAUUGUUCAUUUGCGAGAAUAUAGAAAAUUUAUAGCAACAAAUAAAUCUUUGAGUGAUUAUUGUAGACAAAAUGAAUCUUCUGUACUUGCCCAGUCAACCGACAGAAAAUCUCAAGCACAAAUACUUCGCUCGGUAUCUCAUUUGGUGCUUGCAAGACUAUUACCUUCAUCAGAAGUACAUAGUUGUAUUUUAAUGGCUUUUUUAUCUGAACUUUGGGCAAAUCAAAUAUUCCAAACAACGCUCGAUACUGUUUGCGAUCCUGAUUGGAUUAAUUGUACUAUUGUUGAAUAUUUAACUGAUAUAUCUCCAAUAGAUGCAAUUGAUGACGAAGAUGCUAAUUUGUUUCAUGAGUUGGCAAAUUCGAUAGAAGCUGCUGAAUUAGCUGAGAAAUUAAAGCACCCUUCUGAUUCUUCAGACUUUAUAGAUCUUACGCCCGCAAUACCUCAUGAGGUUCCAAUUGAAAAUCGAUCACCUAAUUUGAGUAAUGGUUCAUCAAAAAUUCAAACGAAUCAAUCGUUGAUUGAAUCACCUACAUCAUCGCAAUUAAAUUCGUUUAUGGAUUCUAAAACCGAAAUUAAUGAUGAACCAACAGAAUUUGUUACGAAAAUAACGGAAAAUGUUUCUUUGCCGGAUGCUCCUAACCGUCCUACUUUAAGUUCCAAUAAAUCAACUUAUUUACAAAAAAUUCUAAAUAAACCGGAAGUUUUUGCAGAGUUUAUGGCUUUUCUUGAAGAAAGGAAAAAGGCUAACUUAUUAAGAUUUUGGCUUCAGGCCGAUUCAUUCCGGAAAAUUGCAACUGAUGAAGUUAAUAUUAAAUUGAUUCAAGAAGAUGCUUUAGGAAUAUUCAAAACUUAUUUCGGUGAAACCGCGACUUAUCCCGUAAACGUUGUCGAAGAAGGAUUGAUUAGACAAUGUGCGAGUGAGAUAUCAAAAUCACCAUCAAGUCAUUGUUUCGCAAUGGUAGAGGAAUAUGUUUUUGACACUUUGGAAAGAGAUUAUUUCGAUGAUUUUAUACAAUAUAUGAAAACUCAGGGAGAAGAUAUGAGCUUUUUGAUCGAACAUAAACCCGUGCAGAAAGAUAUACUUCCACCUGAAGAUAAAUCGAGUUUUUUAUCAGGAGCUUUAGUCGCAGAAAAGUUUUUUAGACGGUUCAAUACAGUGGACAAUUCUGUCUUAUCUCCUGAAGGAAUUAAUACUUCUGAACAUUUAAAAGUUCCGAGACGAUCUAGAUCUUGGUCAAAUGAUAUUUAUGACGAAACUUUGGAAGAUUUGAAUGAAAAUAUCCUUGACAAUUCCGACGCAAAAUCUACUAAAUCUUCCCAAUCUACUAAAUCUGCUACGUCAGAAAGAUCAUAUGAGGUUGACGAUACAACUGAAAGUGAUCGUGAAUCGAUAUCAGACCAACCAAAAAUUCCAAUGAUGGAUUUAACAGGAGUCCGUAUAAAAAUGACGGAUGUUUCCGAAUCACCAAAUAAAUACAUUUAUUCUACAAAAUCAUUAGGUUAUAUGAUUGAAGUUGAACAACCUGGAUCAACAGGGUGGAUUAUGACAAGAAGUUAUGCAGAUUUUGAAAAAUUGCAUCAAUCUUUGGUACAAACUUUUCCCAAAGCUGAGAAAGUAACUAUGCCUCGGCUAAUGCUAAAAAAGAAUCAAGAAGCUUGCAAAGCCUUAGAAAGAUACUUAAACAUUUUAUUAAGCGAUGUAAUGCUUUGCGAAAGCGAAGCUCUCCAGAAAUUUAUGAAAAGAGAUGGACUACCAAAAGAGAAAUUAGAGAAAACAACUAAUAAAAUAACUAAAGGUUUAUCCAUAUUGUCAGUUCCAAAAUCUAUGUCUAUGGUGAAUCUAGUUGGUUCUUCCAGGAAUCAACACAAUCGUACAAGUUCAAGUUUUGAAGAAUCAUUUUCUCCGAAAAAAUCCUCCGAGUUAUUUUCUAGGUCGGAAUCUACAGCCCUAAGGAAAAUUUCUGAUCUUUUACCAAGAAUUUCUACAGAUUUUUCAAGAUUUUCUGAUGAAAUAAAUGGAAAGAAUUCAUCUUCCUCAAUGACUAGUGUAACUCGACCUAGUAUUGAAACAAUCAAUUCAACAUGGGGAUCUAGUCGAACUGGCACUCCAACAACAGCUACAAGUGAAAGUGAUUCAUCUUCAAUUGUUAUGGUGGAUGCUCCUUCAAAUCGAUCUUCAAUUGUAGAUAAACUUGAAAAUUCAUAUGAUGUUGCAUUGGAGUCUGAUAAUGCCAAUUUUAUAUCAAAACGUCGAGCACGACCAAAUAAACAGUUGACAGGUCAAGAUAUUGAUCUUUUAAUUGAUACAGUUUUUGCUAUUGUUGAAGAAAUAUUUGAUUUAUCAGUUAAAUCUCAAUGGCAUCUUCGUAAAACUGUAUUGUCAGUUUUAAGAGAAGUUGUAAGAAGAUCAUAUACAGAGGCAAUUAAAGCUUCGUUCUUAAUGUAUAUCAAUACUUUAUCUACUGAAGAAAAAGUAACAUCAAUAAUUGAAAAUUUUAUGAAUUCGUUUUGGCCAAAUGGUAUUUGGUCAGGGCAGUCAACUUUACGUUCUGAAGAAGAAAAAUUAAAAACUAAAGAGGAAGCAAAAAAAUUACUUUUACAAAAAGCCAUACCAAGUUCUAUAAAACAAGUUAUGGGAAAUGAAAAUUCUAGGAUUAUGGUUGGUAAAUUAGUUGAUGGAUUUUUAGCUGAAAAGGAAGUUAUUAGAGGUAUGGAUGUUAAUAUUUUGGAAAGUAUAUUAAAACUUAUUAUUGCUAAAAAUUGA